GAUGUCGAGACGGGCAAGAUUCGCAAGGUUUUGAGCUUGGUUGUGGGAGAGGUCUAGAGUCGAAAGUUGGUCGUCCUCAGGUUAGCAGUAGACCGUCUUGGGGUGAUCGGAUCAGUCGAUCGAUUCGACUCCUGUCUCUUGAUCUCGAACGAUGACUAUGAGCGAAUCGGACUCUGCCCAACUGGCCAAACUCGCUGCGCUGUCCCCGCCGACAGAAUCUGAACAACCUGUCAUUGCCGUGGAUCUCGAUGACGUCUUGAGCGAGACAAAUACUGUGGUGGCAACCUGUCUGUGGGCCAGUCGCGAGUCGCCCUCUCGCUAAACCAAUUCACAAGGGCACAAUGAGAGCUACGGCACGGACAUGGAUCUUUCCCAAUUCUACUAUUUCUAUUGCUGGAAGAACCCUUUUUGGGGCACUCCUGAAGUGACAUUCGAGAAGUUCAAACAAUUCUAUUCGACCGGCGUAUUAUUCAGCGCUCAUCCUGUGCCUGGCGCGCGGGAGGGUAUCCAAGCGUUGAAGGAUCUGGGAUACAAAUUGGUCAUCGUCACUGCGAGAUCUGUGGAUGUCGCCGACGCUAGCUACGAGUGGGUCGAGAAGUAUUUUCCUGGUCAAUUUUCAAAUAUCGUCUUCACUGGACAGUUCAGUGACGCCAGCAAGCUACAUCACAAAGAAAUUUUAACCCAUCUCACAAAAGGACAGAUUUGCGCCAGCCUGAAGGCGCAAGUCUUGAUUGACGACUCGGCCGAGAACGCAUUACAAGUUUCGACUGCCGAAACGGCUACACGCGUUCUUUUGUUCGGGGAUUAUGAAUGGAACAAGAGGAUAUCGCUCACUGGAAAUGCUUCAGACCACAUGUCUUUCGACGAACGAUUGGCUGCAUGCGACGGCCGUGAAUUCUGGAAAGAGGAAACUCUUGAAGUUCCUGACGGUGCGCCGCUUGAGCGCGCAAAGGACUGGGGUGAAGUCAUAAGAUGGGUUAAGCGGGCAAAAGAGGAAGGCAGAAUCGAAUAGAUAAGAUUAGAUAAACCCCAACCUGGGGGACGGUGCUUGUGACUAUCUUUCGUCAUGGGUAGUGGCAGUGUCGAGGCUUUGGACAGUAAUCACAUGCCAGUGCAACUCGUUUGUAUCUUA